CUAAUAAAUUAAAAUAUAUAUGUUUUUAUAAGACGAGUUCUAAGUAACCAUCGACUUAAUGGUGCUAUAAUAAGUGCAUACCCUAAAAUGCCUUUUGGACUUUAGAAAAUUAGCUUAAGGGUGUUUGAGUCUAAAACAAACGUAGUUUAAGAGUGUCUGAAUCUAAAAUUUCUCGAGUGUUCAAUCUCAAAGCGAAUGAUAAGCGCUAAUGACAGUAUCUCAAUAUUUGCAAAAAAUACCAUAAGGUUUAAUAUAAAAUGACUAGAUGAGUUAUAACGUUAGAGAAAAUGAUCGUAAAGUGUUGAAACUAAGAUAAUUAGUAGCGAGUACUGGGUAAUAGUGAUGGUGAUAAUGUUUGCGGGCGUGUGGUGAUGUGAUGGCGUGGCCCGGGGGCCCGCCUGGCGCGGUGGAGCUGCCGCUGCACCAGCUGCCCAGCACUGACACCAUCGACAGCAUCGUGCCCGCUGCUACCGUCCUUGAUGGACCAAGAAACAAUGAGGACGAGGUCACGACGUCGGGCGUCACGGACGGCGUGCCCGACGAACAGAACCGCGUCAUCUUCGUGAACCGCCCGCAGCCGCAGAAGUUUGUCUCCAACACGAUAUCCACCGCUAAGUAUAGUUUACCAUCGUUCGUCCCGCUGUUCCUGUUCGAGCAAUUCCGGCGCUACUCCAACUGCUUCUUUCUUCUGAUCGCGCUGCUGCAGCAGAUCCCCGACGUGUCGCCUACGGGCCGCUGGACCACGCUCACGCCGCUCAUCCUCAUCCUUACAGUCAGCGCCAUCAAGGAGAUCGUUGAGGACUUUAAACGUCACCGCGCAGAUGAAGAGACGAACCGGCGGAAAGUUGAAGUGCUCCGUGAUGGCAGGUGGCUCAGCAUCCGAUGGGAAAAGCUGCAGGUCGGCGACAUCUGCAAGGUGGUCAACAAUCAGUUCUUCCCGGCGGAUCUCGUCAUGCUGGCCUCUAGUGAACCCCAAGGCAUAUCCUUCAUCGAGACGUCCAACCUGGACGGCGAGACCAACCUGAAGAUCCGCCAAGCCAACCCCGACACGGCGCCGCUCGACAACGUCGCCGCGCUGGCGGACUUCAGGGCCACGGUGCAGUGCGAGCCGCCCAACAGGCAUCUCUACGAGUUCAACGGUAUGCUGAAGGAGACUAACACCAAAACAAUACCGCUAGGCCUGGAGCAGAUGCUGCUGCGAGGCUCGAUGCUGCGCAACACGGCCUGGGUCAUCGCGCUCGUGGUGUACACGGGCCACGAGACCAAGCUCAUGAAGAACUCCACUAAAGCGCCGUUGAAGCGCUCGUCCAUCGACCGGCAGACCAACACCCAGAUCCUGAUGCUGUUCAUCAUCCUGCUGGUGCUGUCGCUGCUGAGCGCGGUGUGCAACGAGCUGUGGAUCCAGCGCCGCAAGCACACGGACUGGUACAUCGGCCUCAGCGAUGCGCAGAAUGCAAAUUUUGGAUUUAACUUUUUAACGUUUUUGAUAUUAUACAACAAUCUUAUACCUAUAUCCUUACAAGUUACUGCUGAAAUAGUGAGAUUUUUCCAGGCGAAGUUCAUCGCGAUGGACAGCGAGAUGUACCACGCGGACACGGACACGCCGGCGCUGGCGCGCACGUCCAACCUCAACGAGGAGCUGGGCAUGGUGCGCUACAUCUUCAGCGACAAGACCGGCACGCUCACCUGCAACGUCAUGGAGUUCCGCAAGUGCUCCAUCGCCGAGGUAAUAUACAACAAGCCCGGUCCCAACGAGCGGCUGGAAGACACGCUGCUGUACCAGAACCUCGACAACAACCACCCCAGCGCCGCCGUCAUAUCCGAGUUCCUCACCAUGCUGGCCGUCUGCCACACCGUCAUUCCGGAGGUCGUGGACGGCGCCAUCAACUACCAUGCUGCUUCCCCGGACGAGCGCGCGCUGGUGGCGGGCGCGGCGGCGUGGGGCUGGGUGUUCGCGACGCGCACGCCGCAGGCCGUCACGGUGUCGGCGCGCGGCCGCACGCUGCGCUACAGCGUGCUGCACGUGCUGGCCUUCACGUCCUCGCGCAAGCGCAUGUCCGUCAUCGUGCGCGCGCCCACCGGGGAGAUCAAGCUGUACUGCAAGGGCGCGGACUCGGUGAUCUACCCGCGGCUGGCGGGCGGGCCGCGCGCGGCGCCCUACGCCGAGGCCACGCUCGCACACCUAGAGCACUUCGCGGACGAGGGGCUGCGCACCUUGGUAUUCGCCGUCGCGGAAAUACCGGAGCACGUUUACAAGGACUGGUCGAACACGUACCACAAGGCCAGCAUCGCGAUACAAGACCGGGAGCAGAAGCUCGAGGAGGCCGCCCUGCUCAUCGAGAACAACCUGCGCCUGCUGGGCGCCACCGCCAUCGAGGACAAGCUGCAGGACGGCGUGCCCGAGGCGAUAGCGGCGCUGCUGAAGGCCAACAUCCACGUGUGGGUGCUGACGGGCGACAAGCAGGAGACGGCCAUCAACAUCGCGCACUCGGCGCGCCUGCUGCACGCCGCCAUGCCGCUGCUCGUGCUCAACGAGGACAGCCUGGACGGUACCCGAGAAAGUUUAUCCCGUCACUUGGCCGACUUCGGAGAGAAUCUCCGCAAGGAGAACGAAGUGGCGCUAGUGAUCGACGGUCAGACGCUCAAGUACGCGAUGGGCUGCGACCUCAAGAAGGACUUCCUGGACCUGUGCGUGUCGUGCAAGGUCGUGGUGUGCUGCCGGGUGUCCCCCAUACAGAAGGCUGAGGUGGUGGAAAUGGUAUCUCGAGCAACGGGUGCGGUGACGUUAGCCAUUGGCGAUGGAGCCAACGAUGUAGCAAUGAUCCAACGUGCAUCGGUGGGCGUUGGCAUUUCUGGUGUGGAAGGAUUGCAAGCGGUCUGCGCCUCCGAUUACAGUAUUGCACAGUUCCGGUUCCUCGUACGCCUGCUGCUGGUGCACGGCGCGUGGAACUACUCUCGCAUCAGCAAACUCAUCCUCUACUCCUUCUACAAGAACAUCUGCCUCUACGUCAUUGAACUUUGGUUUGCGAUAUACUCCGCGUGGUCGGGUCAAAUUCUAUUCGAACGGUGGACGAUAGGUUUCUACAACGUCAUCUUCACAGCGUUGCCGCCUUUCGCCAUUGGACUAUUCGAUAAGAUUUGUUCCCCCGAUAUCAUGUUGAGGCACCCGGUGCUGUACAUCCCGUCGCAGCAGAACCUGCUGUUCAACGUGCGCGUGUUCUGGGUGUGGGCCGUCAACGCGCUGCUGCACUCCAUGCUGCUGUUCUGGCUGCCCGUGCUGCUCACGCAGCACCACGUGCUGUGGCCGCAGGGCAAGGACGGCGGCUACCUGGUGCUCGGCAACUUCGUGUACACCUUCGUGGUAGCGACGGUAUGCCUGAAAGCAGGUCUAGCGACGCACUCGUGGACGUGGGUCACGCACGUCUCCAUUUGGGGCUCGAUAGCGCUAUGGUUCCUCUUCAUCCUCGUUUACAGCAACCUGUACCCCACGAUCCUGAUCGGCGCCGUGAUGCGCGGCAUGGACCGCAUGGUGUUCAGCUCGCUGCUGUUCUGGCUCGGCCUGCUGCUGGUGCCCGCCGCCACGCUGCUGCCCGACCUGCUGGUCACCGUUAUACAUAACUCUGCGUUCAAAACCAUGACGGAGGCGGUGCGCGAGAGUGAGAUCAAGAAGCGAGACCCCGCCGCGCUGCUCGCACAGCCGCGACACUCUGUGUUUUCAAGUUGGACUUACCUGAAGUGUUAUGUGCGAGGAAUGACGGCUUUUAUGUGCGCGACGGACGCGCGGCACGCCGUGGCCCGCCUGGCCCAGUCCUCACGGAGACCGCGCGCCUGCUGCAGAACGUCCGCAGCGUGUUCGGGCGCCGCUCCGCCACCAGGGUCAACAUGGAGCUGGAGCUGUCACAUGGGUUCGCGUUCUCGCAGGAGGAGGGCGCCAGCGUGUCGCAGGCCGACGUCAUCCGCGCCUACGACACCAGCCAGCCGCGCGCGCGCUCCUGAGCUGACCCGCGCCCACGCUGGCAUCUCUUCACGAUAUGCUGAGUCGCUGGACGCGGCGCCUGCCCCGCUGGACCCGUUGGGCACACCUCCAAGCACUCUACCCUUCUAUAAUUGCUGUCACGUAAAAAGAACCCUGAUGCUCGAACUCACAACUCGAACCAAAAACUGUUUAAUCCAAAUACACCUAUUCACAGAGGCUUAUCGAGCGUUAAUACAUAUUUUUUUUAAUUAAAUCAAUACUUUGCUUAAUUAUAUAUAUAUUGCUAAAGACAGAAUCUUGUGAAGCGCUUCAACCUACAAAUAUUGAAAGUCAAAACUUAGUUAAUUCAAGUAUGAUUAUUUUGUGAAUUAAAUCUUUCAUAGAUAUUUUUACAUUGAAAAAAUAAUAAUUACACUUGUUUACAUAAAUUAACGCCACGAGGGUUGCAAACGAAACCAUUGGUUACAAUUGAACCAUAAUAAACCCAGCCAAGUUUUAAUGUCAUUAUUACUAUCUCACAGAUUUAUUUGAAUCUUAAAUUAAUGUACCUUCGGAGCGCAAUUCGUUCCUGAUUCCCUGAUUUUUGUGUAUGGAUUUAGGUAUAUGUAUAAUAUUAUACCUCUAUAUAUUAUUGUUAAUCUUUGCACUCAUCGACUUGUUAGUUGUACACUGCACAAGGCAUAAGCGCUCUUUUUACGUGAUUUUAUGAUUUGAGAUUAAUGUAAAAUUUGCAAACUGUGAAUCGUAGUUUUUUGUUUGAAUAUAGAAACAGAUAACGUUAGAUUAAAAUGAACCGAAUUCAUCUGUUGUUAAAGAUUAAAGUUCGACCACACCAAACGUAUAAGAAACUAUUUACUGAAAGUAAAUACUAGUGUUUCUACAUUCAAAAACAACUCGAUCGCGAGCAUGAUUAUCUAAGGGUACAGUAAUUUGGAUUUUAAUAUACCAAUGCGCCAAGUACACAGAGUAGGUAUUUUUAAUUAUUUUUUAUGGAAUUGCCGAGAGCAAGACAUGUAAUAUAAUAAUAUGUAAUACCUAUAAAAUAAAAUAAAAAAAAUAUUUUGGUCAUGUUUUAUCGAAGCAGUAAAUUUGAUGGUAAUAUACAUUUUUAAAUUAAGACAAGCCUACGCGAAUCUGUCUAGACGCUUCAGCUGAUUCCACAUUAUGAUACGUUCGUCAAGCAAAGCAGUUUAAAUUUUAUCGUACUCAAAAUCAGCAUUUGUUUAGUAAAUUCGCAAUAAUAAAUAUUAUGUAUGGAAAAUUCACCGUGUUGCGCUGUGAUGUGCAAACAGCAUUACUUUGUGCAAUUCAUGUAUAUAAUUUAAGCUUACUCUCCAGUACCACCAAUCGUGUCCGAAAACACGCAAUAUUAUUUAUUAUUAUCGUUAUAACUAAAGAGCUGGUGGGAAAAUUAUUGGAGGUACUUGACACGAGCUAAAAUAUUGGUAUAUAGCUCUAUGUUAUUUUUGCAAUAUAAUCUCAACGCCCAACGAUUGGAAGGUCAGCAGAGAAAUACAUUAAAUACUUUAUAGCACAAAAUACAGAGGUUUUAUUAUACACGGAUAUAAAAGCACACAAAAUGAUAGGAAUAGAGUAAACAAAUGAAAUAAUCUUUUACCUACAGGUCGGUUUUAUUAUGAGCAGUAUCUUCCUGACAUACCCUAUUAAAUAUUAUGAAGUUGCGAAAGGUAAGUAUAGUAGUUAUAUAACUUUAAAUUCAAUCUAUGUUAAAUAAACACCAUAGUCUCAGUGUUAACAUUGUCGGGAAAGGUAGAGAUACUACAAGUUAGCUAUUAUCAAAUACCUCCUCAAAACUUCCCACGAGCUCUUAGAUCAUCAUAAAUCGCUCACUACUUCGCACUACCUGGCCUAUUUCACCUUUAUUAUAUUUUAAAAUGGACUCAAAGUUCAAAUUUUAUUCACACCUCACGUUUCUAAGCAUAAGCCGCGAAGCAUGGCAUCUCAUAGAGAACGUUAAAAAGUUCUCAACGCGAUGCCACCGCUUUUUUAAUAAAAACAGAAAUCUCGGCACCGACCUCUUAUCAAAGCUAAACCAAAAUGUUCAGAUCAAAUAAUAAAGUUAGUAGAGCAAUCUCAUUGUACAGACAACAGAGAGAUAAUUAAUUAAUGUGCUACUAAUUUUAAUCAUCGAUCAAAAACAAAAUUAAUGGUUAUUUUUAAUUUUUGGCAUAAGUAAACAGUAUUUGUCUAGAUUUUUUGUUUUAAGUAUUCGCUAUAUUUCUUAAGGCCGCUAUCCCACUGGCGUUUUACAAGCGUUGGCGCUUGUCCAACGUCUGCGCAGCGCCAACGUUGAGCAGACGCGACGUUAACGACGCGAGUUUCUAGUGGCAAGCGUUACAUCCGCUGAACGCAACGUUAACGCCGCACACAUGAUUCGAUUUGAGGUGUAUAAUCGACACAUAGACAGAGUGAGACUGCCUGAUUGUACCCUGACGAACAGGUAGUUGCCAAAAAACGCCAAAAACUCACGACGUUAACGUCGCGUCUGUGCAACGUUGGCGUUUUAUUAUUAGAAACUCGCGACGUUAACGUCGCGUCUAUUCAACGUUGGCGCUGCGCAGACGUUGGAGAAGCGUCAACUCGUAAAACGCCAGUGGGAUAGCGGCCUUAAUAUUUAUUAAUUGUGCAUUUGAAACGUUGCUUACGCGGGUAUCAACUUAUCAUGCAGCUAAACUAGCUAAGGAAUAAAAAUAGAAAGUAGUUUUGUUCCCGGUUGUGUAAAGGCCAAAGAGAAAUAAUAUAGAUCUCUAUACUUACGAAAUCUGACUGUUGUACGUAGUGGGCGGUGUUCUCUAUUCUCAUAAAAUAGAACAUAAUUUUAUUGUUAAUAUAUAAAUUGAAAAGUAACGUUUAAGUCCCUCAGUAUCGGGUAAUAGUUAGGUAUUUAUUUUAUUUGGUAGUUUUAAUGUUUUAUAUCAAUAAUGUAUGUCUUGAUCGUUUCGACAAUUUUGUUAUUUUUGCUUUAAUUUAUUAAUUAAUCAUCAAUCAUUUGGAUAGUGUGACCUGCUAACAUAUAUAUAAAUUAUAAUCAAUAUUUGUAUUAUCUAACUAAAAUGUUAGUAGUCCGAUUUAUGAGAAUUAAAUAAUAUUUAAAAGAAAUCGAAAAAUAUUACUCACUUUUGAAAAAGUACAAUUUAAUGUAGCCCAAUGUAAUGGUAUCAUUUUAAUGGGAAACAUAGAUUGGGUUUGACUCGCCACGCGUUGCUUUUUAUAUUGGGGUCACGUUUAAUAAUUCGGCUUCCGAUAAAGAUGCUAAUAAUUAUAAUUUAUUUCAUAUAUUGGUUCUUCACGUUAAAAAGCUUGAACUUAACCGAUUAUCUAUAAACUGAACUAAUUUUCUUCAGGAAUAACACGGCAGAUGAAUGGUUUUUUUUAUAAAUUAUGUUUUCCAAAUGACAUACUUGGGCCUUUAAUUUGAUGACAAACUCAUAAUCGACCGACGUAUAUCCAACGCUGAACAUAGAUCUUUUCUAGAGAUUUCGAAACUCAACGAUCUUGUAUCUAAUACAGCAUUAACCCUUCAUGUCAUAGUCUUUCUGCAGAGAAUAUUAUGAAAGUUCUACAUUUAGCUCGGUCAUCAUAGCUUAGGUUAGCGUAGGUUUAGUGUGCUCGGGGGUGGUACCAAUAUUUGCUUUAAGGAUACUCAUAUACGAUGUAUUUAGACGCGCGAGGCCUAUUUUGUUACGUAUUUUUUGCAUUUCGUGAUAGUGAUUAUCUUAGCUUAAGUCGAUGUUAGGUAUACAACUUAAGCUGCACAUUUUACGCUCCGCACAUUCCGUACGCAACGCAUCCCGCAUGUCAGAAAUAUGCGGAUGAAUGGGGCCUUAUAAUACCUAUUAAAAAUAUUUACAGCAUCAAUCACCUUAGAGUCAUAUUGGUAUUAGAUGGUGAUGAAACCUACAGAACACCACCGAUUUGUUAGCACAUGAACAACAUUCUACAAAAUUUCAGUGUUGCCGAGGCUUCAUCAAGUAUUCGUCAGGCUAUAUGUUAUUGCCUACUCUGUCUGAUGAGCAGAUGCUUAUUAUAAUUUUUUUGCCUAUUUUUUAACAAUUUAAUGAAGAAAAUUGAGUCAGCUUCCUAUUUGCGGAUAGUGUGGGCGGUUGCUGACAAACCGAAAUACUCAAAUAUUGUGCAUGGCGCAUUUAAUGCGUGCGUGCGGUACAAAUCGGUGACCUGCCUUAUACCUGCUCGAAGAAAAAAAGUUAAAGAUAAUUUCACGUAGGAUACCAUCAUAAAUUGUAAUGCUUUCUCACAUAUAAAAAUCUAACUAUAUAUUGUGUUAAUGCUUGCUAACGUUAAAUCAUUGUUUUUAGAUAUUGCUGUUAUAGAAUACUUAGAACUCAUUAGUAUUUCUCGUUAUUAUAAUAAUAUAUUACCUAUAUAUUUGUUAUUCAAAAUUGUUCAUAUUUAUAUUUUCGACCCUUAUCUUGCUGAAACAAAAGAAAUCAUGAACAAGAUCAUGACAAGAACGUAAGCGGAAACACCCUUUGGGUGAAUUAUUAUGUGUGUUUCUAACUUUAUAAUCACAAUCAUUUAUUAAAUAAAGGAUGGUGCAGUGCAUAUUACAUCCGAUCUAUUUUAUGAAUGAUAUAAAUCAUAAAUGAGCCAGUGAGCAUUCCAAAGAAUUAAUACCUAAAUUAAAAAAUAUGAAGUUAAAUUUAAAGUAUCUAAAAUGUCACAAAUAUAUAGUAGUAUCAGCAGUCAAGUGGGGAACUUUGAUUUUAAAAGUGUUUGACAGUGUAUUUCUUGUUUUAAAUCAGAGAUACGAAAAGUAUCGAAAUCGACCUAAUUUAAAUCCGACGCAACGGGUUUUCAGUAGAAAAACCGUUUUACUUUCACUGUCACAGUUACGUCGAAAUGCAAAGUAACCUAACUUGAAAAUAAAUCAUAUGUAUAAUUUAUAUGUCAAACAGAUUUUAUUGUUAGUAAGUGUGUAGAGAAACUAAAUGUUCGUAUGUAAACAAUACAAUUUUGUCUAGAGAGCCUAAAUGCUAUCAUACCUAUACAGAGUUACCUUUAAGAGCACGAAUUUAUAUUUCAAUAUUGUAACCAUCGGCACCAGUUCAAUCAUUAUCGAUCGGUAGGACCUCCGUAGAAGUCCCACCGCGCCCGCAAAUUACAGACUUAUUGAUGGGCUAGUCUUAAAUUGUAUCGUGAACUUUUUUUUUGUUUACUGCGCUUAGCUGUUAAAGUGGAUGAUCCCAAUGAUUGAAGAUAUGCGCCCGCCAUACAUUGACAAUACUCGUGAGGUCAAUGGUGGUGAUAUUUUAUUAACGUGCAGUUGCAUCAUCGUAUAUCUGCGAUUAUGAUAAAUCUUGGGUAUAGAAGGUUACUUCUAUUCACAGAAUUAUGAACCUAUGAAUCCACAAAUAACAAUAGUUAGUCACUUAAUUUAAUUAAGCAGUUGAAAAUAAUUAUUUUACCUCGAAUGUAAUAAUGUGUCGAAUGAAGCAGAUUGUUGCUCCUCAAAUUGAUUUAUUUACGCGUAUAAUAUAAUUAUUGAACAAAGCGGCCGAUGGAAAGUUUGUAUUUUGCGGGGGCCCUUAGAACUAUCAACCCUUGUCCCAAAUUUUGUAAGUACAUGUUCCAAUGAAACAGCCUUACUUUUUUCCCUUAAGUAUCACUGAAACAUAAAUGUAUUUUAUUAAAAAUGGACGCGUAUUCGGACUGCGUUUUAUAUUACACUUAUUUUAAUGAUUCGACCCACGCUGUCUCUUUUAAUGUAUCUAUAUAAUAAUACUAAAUAAGGACGAAGAUUAAGUAUUUAAAAUGCCAAUAAUUUGAAUAAAAUCGCAGUCCGAAAACGCGGCUAAUAUCUUUACUUAAACUUUGAAUGUCAGUUUUGAAGUAAACUGAUGCUCAUUGGUGGUGGCGUGACUGUCAAUUUGUAUGGAAAGCCAAACGUUAUGACCUGAAUUCUAAAAACUCCACACAAAUGUGCCUGACCAGCGCCAACCCCGUUGACGCUUGAGCUUCUUCAAAUCUUACACUCGAGUCUCGGGCCCCUAGCAACGAAUUUGUGAACAUCGCAACUUUGCCGAAUUUUCGUGCAUUUUAACUGCAUCUUACUGCCAUUGCUGUCGAUUCGGCAGUAGUCACGUCUCUAAAGUAAAUUGACAGUUCUAAAUAUAAUGUAAACAGGACAUUGUAAAAAUGUCUUGGGUAUUGAACUGUAAGGAAUCUCUAUCUACACUGACGAUCCUUAAUUAUAAUAAAGAGGUUUACCUCACUGAAUGUAUUUCGUGCACAGCGCUCUGUCAAUAUAAUUAAGAGAUUAGUGGUCUACAAGAUUAGCAUCAUUAAUUAGCAGAAGAAUGUCAGGCAUUUGGUCUAAAGGGAUUACUAUUUUGACAGCACUUGACAGUAGCUAACGAAGUUUGGUGCUAGGGCGGCUGGACAAUUGUGAUAUCUGUGUAAUUACGUAUAACUUGCAAAGUAAUCUUUCAGAGUCUUUACAACAUGUCGACUGCUGGUUUUUCUAAGAUGUGUUACUUAUAUUUAUCACAUACUAUACCUCUAACAGUUUAUUAUUGUUAACUGUUAACUUAUCUAAGAUUAUUUGGGCGAUGCGCGGAACAGGGUGGCGAAGUACUAAACUAGAAUAAACCUUUGAAGUUAAGCUGUUGCAUAAUCUCUAAUUGAUUAGAGAGUGGGAAAACAGCAUUCGUGCCUGUAAAGGCAAAUCAUGAAAAGGUGGUAUUACAUGUUACUAUUGUAUUUUCAAUCUAUUCACACACGUGACUAUGAUGAUAUUCUACAGUCAAAUGUUUAGGUAAAAACAUACAAUUUCGAUAGUGUGGGAAAUUCCUCUGGGUAGGUGAUUAUGGCAAACUUGACCUCAUAUCUAAGUCAGAAUUUGGUACACAUCUGCUAUAAUUACCUACUCGAGGAAAAUCUUGAAAUUUUAAAACGAAAUAGAAUGACAAACUAGAUCUGCAAACCAGUAGGGGUCAUACUCAGAUAUAAGUAAAACUACUUUUGCUACUGCUUUUUUUCCUUUGGCUGUCUCCUUACGAGUACCUACCUUCUUCCAAAGAAAACAGUGAUGUUGGGCUGUAAUGUAUGUGAUUAAUGAAAGAAAUGACACUGUGGUCCUAGCACCUAAAACGCUUACAAUCAAGCCACGUGGGACCAAUGGACCAACGCCACGAUGGAGGGUUACGGCGGGAUUCUGAUAAAGCUGGGUUGGCUAGCCUAGUUCGCGUUACCUUGUUCCGAACACGCCGUCGUGUACUGUAAGCAAAGAUGUGAAUGUAACAGAAAAUAUAUGAUUUGUUCUCGUUCUUUA